AGGGCCUGCAUAGAGUUUCCGGAAGCCCGGCCGCGGGGUCCAGCGCCGGCGGCCCGUGACUCGGACGCAGGGAGACUCGGACGUGAGGCCGGAGGCCCCACUGCCCGCGCCCAGAUGCCCGUCCAGCCGCCCGGCAAAGACCCGGAAGAGAUGGAAGCGGAGGGCGACUCGGCUGCCGAGAUGAACGGGGAGGAGGAAGAGAGCGAGGAGGAGCGGAGCGGCAGCCAGACCGAGUCGGAGGAGGAGAGCUCAGAGAUGGACGACGAAGACUACGAGCGGCGCCGCAGCGAGUGCGUCAGCGAGAUGCUGGACCUGGAGAAGCAGUUCUCGCAGCUGAAGGACAAGUUGUUCAGGGAGCGGCUGACUCAGCUGCGCCUGCGGCUGGAGGAAGUGGGGGCUGAGACGGCCCCCGAGUACAUGGAGCCCCUCGGGGGGCUGCAGCGGAGCCUGAAGAUCCGCAUUCAGGUGGCAGGCAUCUACAAGGGUUUCUGUCUGGACGUGAUCAGGAACAAGUACGAGUGUGAGCUGCAGGGUGCCAGACAGCACCUGGAGAGCGAGAAGCUGCUGCUCUACGACACGCUGCACGGGGAGCUGCAGGAGCGGAUCCAGAGGCUGGAGGAGGACCGCCAGAGCCUGGACCUCAGCUCCGAGUGGUGGGAUGACAAACUCCACGCCAGAGGCAGCGCGAAGACCUGGGACGCGGUGCCACCCAGCAAGAGGAAGAAGGCACCUCUGGUUUCCGGCCCCUACAUCGUGUACAUGCUGCAGGAGGUCGACAUCCUGGAGGACUGGACGGCCAUCAAGAAGGCGCGGGCAGCUGUGUCCCCUCAGAAGAGGAAAGCAGAUGGGCCGUGACCCUGCUGCCCCCAGCCAGGGGGUCCCCGGAGCAGCUGGCACUGAACGCAGGCCUCGCGUAUUCUUGCUGUGGCCAGACAGACAGACAAGCCCCCCGGGUGGCCGCAGCACCGCCAGGUCGUCCCCCUCAGCCUGCACUGGUCUGCCUCCCUGCACCUCGGGGCCUGCACAGCUGUGGCCCGAGAGCUGACCAGCCAGGCAAGACUGUCACCUCCGCCCCUGGCCAGCGCCCCUCACCACGAAGAAGGACCUUGACUUAAGCCAAAGCAGCAUCCUGCCCGCCCCUCGGGCCCUGGCUCUCCACAGCCUCUGGGCCACGGCAGCGGGCCCCACUGUGCGGGAACUCUGAGCCAGGUGUCCUGUGCGCCCACCUGGCCGGAGCUGGAGGUCAGACACCAGGCUCCCUGGUUCUCAGGUGGUUCUUGGUGUUUGCCUCCCCCUCGCCAGGACUGGAAUUAAAACCUCUCCUAGGGCUCUGGUGUGUCCUGUGUGUGUCUGA